GGAGUCCCGGUGAGCCCCCCCCCGCCGCUCUGCUCGCCGCCCAGCGGGGACGGGAGCCGGGCUGCAGAGGCUACGGGAGGCCGCGGCCCGAGCGGCCGAUCGCAGCGCCCGCCGGGGAUGUGCCGUGGGCUCGGGAGCCAUGUCCAGGGUGGGCGGCCCCGGGCCGGCCGGCGGCCCCCCAGAGAAACGCUCCUUCAGCAAGCGGUUGUUCCGGGGCCGGGCCGGCGCGGGCUCGGCCCGCUCGCUCAGCGGCUUCAUGAGCCGGGUGCUCAAGACCCUCUCCACCCUGUCGCACUACAGCAGCGAGCCCGAGGCGGCCCGCGGCCCGCAGCCCCCGCGCCUGCCCCCGCCGGCGGCGGCCCGCGGCCUGGGCAGCUGCUUCCACCCGGCCCGGCCGCCGCCGCCGCCGCCCAGCCCCGAGCCGCCGCUGCUGCCGCCGCCGCCGCCCCCCGAGGCCCUGGAGCCGGUGCCCGGGGUGGCCGGGCUGAAGAACCACGGGAACACGUGCUUCAUGAACGCCGUCCUGCAGUGCCUCAGCAACACCGAGCUCUUCGCCGAGUACCUGGCGCUGGAGCACUACCGGGGCCAGGCGGGCGGCGAGCCCCCCGCGCCGCGGACGCCGCCCCCCGCCCGGCGACACCGCCCCGCCGCCGCCGCCGCCCAAGGCGAGGUCACCGAGCAGCUGGCGCAGCUGGUUCGGGCGCUCUGGACGCUGGAGUACACCCCGCAGCACAGCCGCGAGUUCAAGAGCAUUGUCUCGAAGAACUCCAUGCAGUACCGAGGGAACUCACAGCAUGAUGCGCAGGAAUUUCUGCUCUGGCUGUUAGACAGAGUUCAUGAAGACCUGAACAAUUUAGUGAAAUACAAUGGCAGACCUCCACUGAAGCCACCAUUGGAGGAUGCUGCACUGCUCGAGGCACCAGGCUUUCCAAUCAGUAGCACUUUCGUACAGGAACUCUUUCAAGCUCAGUACAGGUCCUCUCUGACGUGCCCUCAUUGUCAGAAGCAGAGUAACACCUUUGACCCUUUCCUCUGCAUCUCUCUACCAAUUCCUCUGCCUCAUACACGCCCUCUGUAUGUCACCGUGGUGUACCAAGGGAGGUGUUCGCACUGUAUGCGCAUCGGUGUGGCAGUACCUCUGUUUGGAACGGUGGCCAAGUUGCGUGAAGCGGUAUCCAUGGAAACCAAGAUACCCACUGAGCAGAUUGUGCUGACUGAGAUGUACUACGAUGGGUUCCAUCGCUCCUUCUGUGAUGCCGAUGACCUGGACACCGUUCAGGACAGCGACUGCAUUUUUGCCUUUGAGACCCCUGAGAUAUUUAGGCCUGAGGGGAUCCUUAGUCAGAGAGGAAUUCAUGUGAACAAUAACCUGAAUAGCUUGAAAUAUGGCACUGAUCACCACAGAACAACAUCUUAUACACAAGGGGCGGUGAAGUCAGGGAAACAGGAAACCUCUACUCGCUCAGCAGCCAGUGACAAGAUUGUAUUGCUGAUCUGCAACAGAGCAUCUACCGGACAGCAGGGGAAAAGGUUUGGCCAGCCCUUUGUGUUGCACCUGGAGAAAACAAUUGUGUGGGAUCUCCUUCAGAAGGAAAUCCUGGAGAAGAUGCAGAAUAUUCUGCGGCCCUCGGCCUGCAUUCAGGUGUGUCCAUUCAGCUUGCGGGUGGUUAGUGUUGUGGGCAUAACGUACCUAUUACCUCAGGAGGAGCGACCCCUCUGCCACCCCACUGUGGAACGGGCACUGAAAUCAUGUGGACAGGGUGGAACUGCUCAUGUGAAAUUAGUGGUAGAAUGGGACAAAGAGACUAAAGAUUAUUUGUUUGUGAACAUGGAGGAUGAGUACGUCCCAGACUCUGAAAGUGUCCGUCAGCAGAGGGAGCUUCAUCACCAACCUCAGUCCUGCACUUUAUCUCAGUGUUUCCAACUUUACACCAAAGAGGAACAGCUUGCUCCAGAUGAUGCAUGGCGCUGCCCCCAUUGCAAGCAGCUGCAGCAGGGGAGUAUUACACUGAGCCUAUGGACUUUACCUGAUGUUCUCAUCAUACAUCUAAAGAGGUUUAGACAGGAAGGAGACCGAAGAAUGAAACUUCAAAACAUGGUCAAGUUCCCUCUGACCGGCUUGGAUAUGACCCCUCACGUCGUCAAACGUAGUCAGAGUAGCUGGAGUCUGCCGUCUCAUUGGUCCCCAUGGAGACGACCCUACGGACUUGGAAGGGAUCCCGAGGACUAUGUCUAUGACCUGUAUGCUGUGUGCAAUCACCACGGCACUAUGCAAGGAGGGCACUAUACAGCAUAUUGUAAGAACUCUGUAGAUGGCUUGUGGUACUGCUUCGAUGAUACUGAUGUGCUGCAGCUGGCAGAAAAUGAAGUCUGCAAGCAGACCGCUUAUAUCCUCUUCUACCAGAGGCGCACGACGAUCCCAUCGUGGUCAGCUAACAGCUCUGUGGCAGGCUCUACAAGCUCUUCUCUGUGUGAACACUGGGUGAGCCGGCUUCCUGGCAGCAGACAGCCCAGCAUCGCCUCAGCAGCUUCUUCACGACGCACGUCUCUGGCCUCGCUUUCGGAAUCAGUUGAGCUGACUGGUGAACGGAGUGAAGAUGAUGGGGGGUUCUCAACUCGACCCUUUGUAAGAAGUGUUCAGCGUCAGAGCUUGUCUUCUAGAUCCUCUGUCACCAGCCCUCUGGCAGUAAAUGAAAAUGGCGUCCGGCCAUCCUGGUCGCUGUCUGCAAAGCUGCAGAUGCGCUCCAACUCUCCUUCACGCUUCCCUGGAGACUCCCCUGUGCGCGCUUCUGCCUCGACACUGGAGAAGAUCGGGGAGGCUGCUGAUGAUAAAGUGUCCACCUCCUGCUUUGGCAGCCUAAGGAAUCUCUCCAGCAGUUACCCAGAAUCAAGCGACAGCAGCAGGAGGCAAGAACAUAGGACUGUGGGCAGAGCCCCUCUGGCUGUCAUGGAAGGGUUAUUCAGAGAGGAAUCUACUGCAAGGAAAUCGAAUUCUGCUUUCAUGGACCCGUAUGGGAAAAGCUCGGUGCAAGCAGACAGGAGCCAUCUGGCUCUGGACCCUUUUGAUAACAACAAUCAAAUUGCUUUUGUGGAUCAGAGUGACUCUGUAGAGAGCUCUCCAGUCAAAGAGGUGAAAGCCCCCAGUGGGACAGGGCUGCUCUCCGAGAAGGCAGAUGGCACCCUGAAGAAAGCUCCCAGCUCCAAAGGCAUUUCUGAGCCAGAUAAAAGUUUGAGGAAAGGAAGGACAGUCUUGUCUAGCCAAGAAUCCCCAAUUUCUCACCCUUCUUCUGCCUCUGCCCCUCCUUUAAAGACCUCUCAGAAGAUUUCCCGUUCCAGAAGCAAGACAGAUUCUUCCAGGACUAGUGGGCGACAUGCAUCUCCUGCUUCCGGCCAGGCUAGAAAGGAAUCUGGUGCCAAAUUCCAGGAAACUGCUUUGUCAUGGGCUCAACAGAAACACAAGUCAGUUUCUUCCCCAUCCUCCACAGCUGCCAAGAAAACUACUUCGGGCUCAGUGACACGGGGGCCCUCUGCUGGGAAGAGCAGGACUUCAGACCGAAGCCUCAGCAGGGAGGGCUCCAAGGUAAGCCUUGGUUCGGAUAAGACCAGUGUCAAUUCUAGCUCAAGAACUAGCUCUCCUCGGAUAAGCCAGCCUAGAAGCGAGAGCAGAGCAAUGGACAGCAAGCAUGUGCGGAGCUCCUCUAUGGCCAGCCUGAGGUCCCCAAGCAUCAGUAUGCGUUCAGGUUUAAAGAGGGACAGUAAGUCGGAAGAUAAAGGGCUGUCUUUCUUCAAAUCAGCCCUGAGGCAGAAGGAGACCCGACGGUCAGCUGAUCUGGGGAAGACGACAAUGCUUUCAAAAAAGACUGCAGGUGGCUCCUCCAAGCCAGGCAGUAAAAAUGUGGCAGAAGACAAGUCAGAGAAGAGCAGCCUCCCACCAUCCUCUCAUGCAAACACCAAGGUUGCUGUGAAAGCGAAGCUUGUCCCAAAAGAUGCCACAUCCAGCAAACAUUCUCUGCUGUCCAGCCGCAAAUCCAAGUCUUCCCAGCUAGACCCCGGAGCGCAGUCUCCUUCCAGUGACAAACAGGCUGCUGACAAGUCAUUGAAAAAGUUACCUUCCAGCAUGCACAUGUCUGCACGGCCUUCUCCGAAACCUCAGUGAGAUGCUGCAAUCCAGGUGUUUUUCUUUCUCCUGCUGAGAGCUAAUUUAUGCUGAGUUCUUGUUGUUUCUUUGUUUAUGUGCCUAAUGUGUGUUUGAGGAGAACUUAACUGCAAAUUGGUAAAGCGCCUUUUGAUUCUGCCAUCAAACCAAAUAGCCACAGCUGGCCAGCAUUGAUACCAAGUGAAGUCCAGCUGGAGUCAUAGAAUAUAAACACAACUGUCCCAUAGCACUUGUACAGUCUCUUUAUAGAAAAAUGCAACAACUUUCUUCAGACACCAGGUUUGAAACCUGUGACUCCAUUAUACUGUAACUAGCGUGCUUUAUAGAACUGUGAACUAAUAUUCCAUUGGUUUUAGUCUAAGCAGGCUCCGUCUGUGUUGAUGUGUGGCCUGGUUCUUGGCUGCAGAAGAUGCUAAGGGAACUGUGAAAAGAGAGACUGCUGCUUCUUUGUGCUCUCCCCAGUCCCCCAUUUUUGAAGCUUUUUAAAGGGCAAUAUCUCAACACUAAUGUUGUUUCUCAGGUAUAUACUCAGCCAGUAUAGGAGGGUUAGCAUUAGUGACCGGACAGAUCCAAAAGGUACUCCCAUGUAUGUGUGUGCAGAACAGGGUUCAUAUUUUCAUUCCAACAGGCUUAAUUUUUUGUUGUUGCAUAUCUGGAGACUCCACUGUCUGCUCUAGCUUCCUUCUUCCUUUGAAGUGUUACCUAAGCAACAGAGAAAAUGACUAGUCAGUUGCCAGCCAUUAGCUGUGAAAUGUCCAUGGUGAAAGAUUAUUACAAUGCCUAGAAAGACAGCUGGAAUUCUGAGUCUUGAAUAAUAGUGAAGCUGGUAGGACCCUUAUCGUUAAACCCCUGAGAAGCAUUUUCUCACACACAUGCUCAGAUGCUUCAUUGUAGUGGCAUCUCUAUCUGCUGGAGAAGUGAAUAGAUAACCACAUGUUCUCUGCUGCCUUUUUGCAUUUUCCGAGUGUGUUACAACGCAUCUCUGUGUGGCCAGGCCACAAUGCUGCGGGGUUGUAUUUGGACUAAUAGUGUAGUCCCACAUUCUUCUCUUCAUUCUACGUUUCUAAUGCUUGCUGAUGAGUCCAGCUGCAACAAUGUCUUACAAGUCUGGUUUCUUGUCCUUUGGGAAAUUCUGUCAGGGUUAAAACACUACAUCGGCAACAUCUUUGCACACACUUUCUCUUUGAAAGGUGGCUUCUCUUCCCUCAAGUCCUUUGACACACAUGUGGCAUUGUCUUUUUUUAUUUCAUGAGAUGAUGAUGAUGAAUUGCAUUCUCAUUUUAAGAAAACAACAAACUGUCCUUCAUGUAUGGAAUUGUGUUUUGUGAUAAGUGGUGUAUAAUAGCCAGGUUGUACUGUGUGCACAAAUCAUCUCCAGUUUACAUUAUUAUGUACAUUAAUUCUUUGCCUGUCACAUGAACACUUCUGGCUCUGUGAGCUUAGUGUGUGGACAGACGUAUUUAUUAACCUUUCCUGCUCAGUAUUACAGUAACAAAUGACCCUGGAACAAAUAGUUAUUGUUAAAUAUCCAGUUCAAUCUCUUCUCUUGAACCUCUUGGGCAAGUUGCUCACAGGUCACUGAUUGUGGCUGCUCUUUGAUCACUUACACUUAGUUCAUCUGCAACAAGCUGUUGAGAAAUUUACUUUCAGGGUAGCUUCAUCUUGGUAAUACACAAGACUUGCGUAUACGGCCUCAUACGUGAUUGUGCAUACCACAAAGCUCUGUGUAACCUGUGAAUACGAACCCAUGUGCAGUGUAACCCACACCAUCCAGUCCAGACCAUGUGCUCUGCAGGACAAGCAUUCUUGAUACCCAGAAGCAGCGCUCUAGCCUGUAACACUUCUCUGUACUCUACCUGACUUUCCAUGUCAUGGAUUAUGUUUUAAAAGCCAAACAUGGCCAUAGAGUCCAUUCAUUCCUGUUCCUAUAGCACACUUAAUGGAGCAAAAAGGGGGAGAGAAGCAUGGAAAAUUUAUUUUAAUUUGUGAAGCUGGAUUGUUUUGUUUCUUGUACCCUGUUUCCUAAACAGGCAGGAGUUACUGGGCAUAUUCCUCUAGUCGUAAAUUUCUACCUAAAAUUUCUGAUAUUGAAGCAUUAGUUUAAGGCUUUGUCGUCUUGAGAGCGCAAACCAUGUUAGCUCCUUUGUUGCGACAGCUCUUCUAGCAGAAACACCUUUCCAGUAGGCAGUGCUAACAUGGUCCGACAUCUCACUAUAGGCUGGGCCUAGUUUGAUGCACUUUCUAGUGAGGUGGCAUUGUGCAAAGUGACCUUAUGGAAUAGCUUUUCCCCUCUUGUGCACUCAUUCAUUGUGCAAGUCCUGUAUUACGUACAGCUGACAGUGGAUUUAGGGGUUCCAAGUGGUAGCUUUACUGCUUGUGUUCACUGCCUUAUUGAAGCAAAUUUGCAGCAGCGUCUUGAGACUGACUGUGCUGUAGACCAGUGCUAACCCAGUGCGCCAGCACCAUGUGGUGAGUCUGCUCUACAGACAGAAGCUGCAGCGCCAAAAUGGGAACAAGAAGUUUAUUGUUGCCAAAUAUUCUAAUAGUUAAGAUCAAAAACAGCCAAACUGCCCUGUUCUGGUAGGUAACUCCCAUCUUUCUCUGGGGUCUGCGAAUAAUCCCUCUUGGGAAUUCCUACUAGCUCCAAAAUCCUCUCCUCUUCUGCAAACUGUCCAAUGCGAGUUGGUAUCUGCGACUUUGAAAACAGGACCUAUGAUACACAGGACACUUACGUCUGGUCAAUCCCGCCCAUCUGAAGUUUUUAGAAUAUUGCCCUCUUCCCAUUAAUUUUCAUCUCUAGGGAAGAGUAUAAUAACGAAAUCUCUCAGAGUGAGUGACAUGCUGUUCUCCUGUGGCAGACUGCCUGCACUUCAUAUCUAUUUUUGCUGCAGUAUAUUUUUGACUAGGCAGGCUGAGCCAUACAGCAAAUCACUUCGGUUUAUAUAGGGCGGUGGUUUUCUGUUGCUGGUCUCAUAAAGUGCACAACUUUGGGCAAAGUGAGUAAAAUAUGAUGGCCAUGACUCUUACCAGUAACUAGAACUGGAGCUGUAUCUUUAUGGGCAGAUGAAACCCGAACACAAAACUGUCUGGAAAGUGUGAUGGUCGUUCGCUGCUUUUCUCUGCAUCCUCUGCCCUUGGGUUCUGUUGAUAUCAAAUAGAAUGUGAAAUUCUGGGGAUAUGUGAUGCUUGACCAGAAAAGAACCACCUUGAAUAUGAAUCUAAGCCAAGCAUCUGUCCUGCUAGCCCUAAUUGAACCAGUUAUGGGGAGUAGAUUUUUCUAGGGCCAUCUGCAUGAUUUUGGAGGCUUCCCACUGAGGAGAUGAUUUGGGGAGGAGGGACAUCUCAAUCUCUUUCCCUCACUUCCCCAUCAAUCCACUUUUUCUCCUUCCUGCAAGAUGAGAGGAAGGGGAAGCAGUUGGUGUGUGCUGUUGUCCAACACAACAGAGCAAUCCUAAAUUAGGGGUAACCCCAGUACGGGGUCCCUUUGGCUGUGAGUUUUGCAAGUCCUAAAAGCCAGGUCUGGCAGGGGUUUAUGUCUUAGUCCUUUAAAGGUCUUGGACUGCCCUGAAGCAGUUACCUGUACCUGGUUUACAGUAACUUAAUUUAGCUUUGGCUCCCAGAGCAGCUCAUACCUAAUGUGGAGGAGAUGCAACCUGGGGAGAUGGCAGGACCCAGGAUGCCAUUCUGAUCUCAUGGGUUUGUAUGCUGGGUCCUGGAGUCUUCAUGCCUGCAGCUCUGAAUUAAAGACAAGUGGCUGUAAUCCUGCUCCAUUUUAUUAGUCAGGUGCAGCCUUUGGGCCUUUGUUGAAUUGCCAGUGUAGCCUUUAGUGGGGUCGAGUCUGGUCUCCAGCUUGUUUAGCUCACAGGUGAGAAUCCUGUAAGAUCAGAGACUGGUAAACUGGAAGAGAAAGUUACUAGAUGUGAGAGUUCUUUGCGUAGGGAAUUCCAGUGUUAGCUCUGUCUUUGAACUUCCAGCAGAGCCACACAAUCUUCAGAGGAGACGGGAGAGAGUUAGUCAUCUUGAAGGGCUUAAUAGAUGGUUAUAACCAUCUCUGGGUGGGCCUGGUGUGAAUGAAUUUAUUUCUUAAAUUGUGGAGAUUCAAAUGUCUCUAGUUACUCGCUUGUAAUCCGGAUGUCUUGCCUUCUGAUUGCGGAAGAGCUGAGCCUUCAUUCCGUAGCUAGAUUCUUCCUAGAGCCAUCUGAAGAAAUUAUUUUCACCCUUCUGGGCAAGGUUUUAUGGGUAGUAUUUAGUAGUAUGUUAACUAUAAGUACAUUUUAAAUGAAGUGUAUUUAUAGAGGCACCUUGUACUUUGUGUUACUUGCAUUUGAUAGACAAACUGGUGCCUACAAUUCUUUGUAAGUGUGAUAGGUGGCUCACUUUGGAUGGAUGUACAAACUUUUAACUCUAAAACUCUACGCGAUCUGUAUGGCUAAGUCAAAAACCACGUGCUUUAGAUAGAAAACUACCAGUUUAAUUACAGUCCAUUUGGCCCACUGCAAGUUCCCCAGUCUCUACACGCAGAGCUGUCUCCUUGUCACAACAGAAAUUUGAGCAUGACCAACUAUUCUUCCUAAGAAAUGAAGACCAUUUUUGCAUGGCAAUUCUUGCUGUUUCCUGACUGCAUGCACUUAUUAACUAUGCAAGCAUUAAAGAUAAACUAGAGAUUGCACUGUCAGUAUCACAAGCUACUAGGUAGACUUUGGGGCUCUGGUUUUGAGUCCCAGUGCAGCUGCAUGUCAGCACAGAAAGUAUCAAGCACCAGAGAGGAGCAUGUAUCUAGUUUCUUGCUUUAUUUGCACAUCUUUGAUUCUCUUUCCUUUGCAGAAUUUUGGAUUACUGACAAGACUGCAGUGUAGAGUAAAGUCAGAAAGGAAUCUGAAGUGUUGAAAUGAGAACAAACUGUUUUUUUAUAGAUUUUGAACCGGAAUAGCCUGACUCUGUUAUGUUCUGUAUGUAGCCUGCCACUUUCUAUAUGGUUUUAAUGACCCAUUCUGUACAUCAUGCUGUGAGACAAGGUCACCCGUAGCAGUGUUGACAGUCUAAAAGAGCUUUUUUAGAAUUUCAGUCUCUCAGGGAGUGGUUACCAGCCAUUGGCAUGUUGCCUACGUUGCCACAGCAGGCUUUGGUGACUGGGAUCUUAGGUUCCUCCCUGAAUGAUAAGCUUUUGUCCUAGGCCCUGCUGUUCACUGGCUGUCUACAAUCCAUUGUGUACCCCAGGCUAUGACCACCAAGCCUCAGUCCUGUGUGAGUGCAGACUCCAUGGUUGGUAGAGCAUGCACGGCCUAAUGGGAGCAUCAUGGGGUUGGCUGAGGUCUUAGCAUGGUACAGGUGCCCUAGGAGGUUGAGAACAGCUGGUCUAAGAGACUGUGCCCUCUUAAUUCAAAGGUGGGUUUCAAGACUUCUUGAGGGAUUAGGCAUUUUUAGUACGGAAAACUGAAGAGCCACAAUGAAAUGUGUUUAUAAUUUUUCUGGAAAACUGAGUGUGACCCCGAUAGGAGAUAUUCCCUCUUAUACAGACAUCUUUUCCAUCGCCAACAAUCCAGUCAGUCACUGGUCACAUCUAGGACAUCCUUACCACCUCCAUUUCUUUGUGGCAUCUGUUCCAGGACCCUUUUUUCUCAGCUCAACAGCAGUUAUAAAGAACGUUUGUUUUGAAAUGACAUUCCAAAUCAUUUUACUGUAAUCCUCUUUAUCUUUGCUGUCAUUUGCCUACGACUCUGAAAUAAUUUGGCAGUAUCUCAUGUUAUCUGUGGAGGCAACUAAAAUUUAGUUUUAAUCUGUGGUGAGAUGAAAGUACUACAUGGUUUUCUUAAUAAAAGCACCAUAAAGCGUUUGUUACCACUGGGAGCUUUAUUUUGCAGAACAAAGGUAAAAUGAAGAUUCCUACAGUAUCUUUCUGGUUUUUCAAAGCUUAGCGGGGUUUUUUAAAAAGCCACUAACAUCCAGUAUACCUGCAAAUAGUAUUUAAAUGGCACAGAUUAAAACUAGGUGCAAACAUACAUUCUAUUCCACUCUUAAGGUCCUGCAGCACAAACCCUUUUCAAGAAAGCUUGUGUUAGGAUGCAGCAUUUGUGGAAUGCAAUAUGGAAAUGUUUCUAGGUGCUAUACAGCCUUGGGUAGUAUUAAACACCAGGGGAUAUAGGCUACACAUGGCUAGAACACUUGGCCUUCAGAGUAUACAGGUUUGCUCACCAGCUGUGCCUCACCAUUGGUUAAAAUUGAAUUUUAAGUCCCAUUACAAAUGCAGUUUCUCUUCUGGUCACCAAAUUUCAGAUUUUACACUGGAAUAUCUACAGUUCUAAAAGCUGCAUGUCAUAUCACUGUACGCUGACACUGGGCAGUGGGGAUCACCCUACCUUUGAUACUCUUCUGUAUUUUAAUGUUUUUGAACUGUACAGUAAUCUGGAAAGCAGGCUGUCUUUACUUGGGGUUGAACAUUGUACCAUAAAAACUUUUAAAUUAUUUGAGGACAAGUGCAUGAGACUGUGAUGCCUUUUAUUAUUUAUUUGUAUGUUUUAUUAUUCGAGGUGUAUGCACUUUUAAUAUGCAGAAUUUAUAUUUUUAUGUUAAAAGAUCAUUUUCUUUCAGAAAGAAGAGUUUUGAAUACAAGGAAUUGGAAUUAAGUGGAAAAAGUGGGAAAAUGUAAUAAAAUACAAUAAAUUUAUUACCAUGCA